CAGAAGCAGGAAGCGCCGGAGUUCGGAGAAAACGAAAUUCAAGCAGUUGUACACGACCUCUCUACACAACAAAAUGGCAGACGCCUGUAUUUUAUGGUCUCGGGAUACAUUUAACUGUUCAAUCUGUCUGGAUCUACUGAAGAAUCCAGUGACCAUUCCCUGUGGACACAGUUACUGUAUGAACUGUAUCACAGGCUGCUGGGAUCAGGAUGAUCAGAAGGGAGUCUACAGCUGCCCUCAGUGCAGACAGACCUUCACUACAAGACCUGUUUUAGGUAAAAACACCAUGCUGGCUGAAGUGGUGGAGAAACUCAAGAUGACAAACCUACAAGCUCGUCCUGCUCAGUGUUACACUGAAUCUGGAGAUGUGGAGUGUGACGUCUGUACUGGGCACAAAAACAAAGCCAUCAAGUCCUGUCUGGUGUGUCUGAACUCUUACUGUCAAAAUCAUCUGGAACAACAUGAGAUUUUCUUCAAAAGUAAGAGACACAAUCUAAUGGACGCCACUGGACGACUUCAGGAGAUGAUCUGCCCUCAACAUGACAAACUGCUGGAGAUUUACUGUCGUACUGAUCAACACUGUAUAUGUUACUUGUGUAUGUUGGAUGAACACAAAAACCAUGACACUGUUUCAGCUGCAGCAGAGAGGACUGACAAACAGAGAAAAUUGGGUGAGAUGCAAAGAAAAUUCCAGCAGAGAAUCGAGGAGAAACUGAAGGAGCUUGAGGAGCUGAGAGAGGCUGUAGAGACUCACAAGCGCUCAGCACAGGCAGCAGUGGAGGAGAGUGAGAGCAUCUUUACUGAGCUGAUCCGCUCCAUUGAGAGAAGCCGCUCUGAGGUGACACAGCUGAUCAGAGAACAGGAAAAGACUGCAGUGAGUCGAGCUGAAGAACGACUAGAGCAACUGGAGCAGGAGAUUGAGGAUCUGAGGAAGAGAGACACUGAGAUGGAGCAGCUUUCACACACAGACGAUCACAUUCAAUUCAUCCAGAGUUUCCAGUCUCUCUCAGUCCCUCCUGGAUCUACAGACUCAGCCAUCAGUUCUCGUCUCACUUUUGAUGAUGUUGGUAAAUCUGUGUCUCAUCUGAGAGAGAAACUGGAGCAUUUAUGCAGAAAGCAAAUAGAAAAGAUAUCUGCCAAAGUAACAUGCUUUGAGAUUAUUCCUACCCCUGAACCCAAGACCAGGGAGGAGUUCCUUCAGUAUUCUCAUCAACUCACUGUGGAUUUAAAUACAGUGAAUGAAAAACUGGAACUGUCUGAGGGGAACAGAGUGAUUAAAUACACUGACAAAGUCCAGCAGUAUCCUGAUCAUCCAGACAGAUUUGAUUUUUGGGAGCAGGUGUUGUGUCGAGAGAGUGUGUGUGGACGCUGUUACUGGGAGGUUGAGCGGAGUGGUGAGGUGGAUAUAUCAGUGUCAUAUCAGACCAUCAGAAGGAAGGGACAGGGAGAUGAAUGUAGAUUUGGAUGCAAUGAUCAGUCCUGGAAUUUGUCCUGCUACGGCUCCAGUUGCUCAUUUUGGCAUAAAAACAAAAAGACUGAACUCCCCCUAGUCUCCAGCUCAUGUAAAAUAGGAGUGUAUGUGGAUCACAGAGCAGGAAAUCUGUCCUUCUACAGCGUCUCUGACACAAUGACCCUCAUUCACAGAGUCCACACCACAUUCACUCAGCCGCUCUAUCCUGGGUUUGAGUUCCACUCACAAUCAAAAUUGAAACUGUGUGAAUUAUAAAUAUAACACAGAGAUUUUACAAAUAAAAUUAGCUUAUAAAUUUGAUCUCUAUGAUAAAUCAGCAACUGUGAGACACUAAAGUCUUUUAUUUUCUAAUCAAUACUGAACUUCUCUCAUUAAAAUAACAUGGCGGAUAAUACUUUUAUUUAUUUUUUAAUUAAAGAUCUUCUCGCUUUAAUGAUGACAGUUGAGUAUAAUAAGUAAUUCAUUAAUAUGAAUGUUGCCAUUGAGAGACAACACAAAUAAUAUGUCACUGUAUUGUCUUCACACGUACAGGAGUGUGUACGUCGUUGUAAAAAGGGUUUUAUAAAAUCUCUCGGACUAAGCAGAACUGAAUAAUACCCGACUGUAUCCCACUGCAAGUUUUUAGAUUUCACACAUGCAUAUUCUUGUAUUGUAUGUGUUCUAUUACAAUAAAAUAUACCCCUUAAUUUUUCAAGAGAGCAGGAAAAGUAUACAAUUAUUUUUUAUAUAUAUUUGUUAUAUUAUCAAGUGGUUUGGUUUUGAUUUAUUGUUGUCAUAUAUGACCUAGACAAAAACUGUAAUCUGUAAUCUGUAAUCCACUGUUAACUAGAGCUAGUCUCCUUUGGUGAACCAGUUUAAAAAAAUGUAUAUUUCUAUAUCAAAGAAUAUUUUACUUGAUCAGCCUUAUUAGGAGUAAUAAAAUCUCUCUGCACUUGUGAGUGUUUGUUUCUCCUGAUUUAUUUUGUUUUACCACAGGAAGCACUCUGUAACUCUGGGUACAGUUCACUCAAUAAAUAUGCCCUGCCAGGGCAAUUCCCUCAA